GCAUUAAUCGCAUACAAGGGUAGAUCUAGAUUUGUACCAUAAUAACGUUGCUAAGUAUAGUUUACCUACCAUAUACACAGGCAGAGAAAGUGAAGAGGGGAUGACAGUUAUGGAGAGUGAUACCGGCAGGAUAAAGGAAAAUAAUGUAAAUUACAUCCAACGUCCUGAGAAUAUCAGCUUCAUACUAUAAAACCUGUCAUCCGAUUACUAUGACAACCAUCGGUGGACUGACAACAAUGCCAGGCCCUACAACCGCUGCACUGCCGUUCAUGCGAAAAACCCAAAAGAUUAAAAAUUUAGAAACAGAAAGACCAAAAUCGUUGGAUCAUUUCAGGAAUAUUGUCGAAGAGGCAAUGACAGUCGUUGAACAACAGGUCCAAGAGCUGGAAAGAGCUUACUAUGGAAACACCAUGAACAUAGAAGAGGAAAUAUCGAGAUUUGUGCCACAUAUACAGGCCGUUCUAGCUCAGACGAGAGUACCGUCCAUUCCUCAGAUAUCCGCGGUGGAGAAGGUCAUUCAUCGAGCACUCGAUCCACAGUGGAAUAUUGAUAGUCCGGUUGACAAAACAAGUUUUUCUCAGUUCAGAGAAUGCUACAACAAAAUCAGGGAAUACGUCCCCAAGAAAUUCAGUUACAUUUUAGACAAUAUGAAUAAAAUUCUUGAGCUCAUGAACAAGUAUUGCGAUAGUUUUUAUACGGGAACUAUGGAGAGAAGGAAGGUUUCACGUCAGUUAGAGACAGCUUUCCACUACGAGUCAAAACGUCGGGACUUCUAUAAAGCAUGUAAAAUAAAUUUGGACGAUGUUUUGGUAAAGUCUGACAGAUUUUUUGUUGAAGGAGGCAUACAUAUUAUGAAUUUUACCUUAAAUGCGACAGAUCUUGCUAGAAAAUGUAACUGUUUAACACUUCCGUUUUUGUUAUUGUUUCCUGAAUGCUGUGAAAGAAUAAGAAAUACAAUUGCUGGAAUCAAAAAGUGGAUUAUAGAGGACGCCACUUAUGCUAGUUUCAUAGAGAGUGACAUUGUAAAUGCAGAGAGCAAGAAGGCGCCAUUGCUGAAACAAUUGCGUGAUAAGCAGAUAAAGACUGGGCAAGUUGAACAAAGACUCAAAGCUCUUUACCGGGAGUGUGAUAGCCUUGAAGUUGAAAUUAAGCAACUUCGUAAACGAGAACUUCAGUUCAUCGAUGAAGAGAUCGUUUUAGAAAAGGAAGUUAGACUUGCGAAAUAUGAUCUGACAACAAAAGAGGAAGAGAGAGACGGUCAUAAAAAAGCUAAGGAAGUUUUUGAACCGCAUGUUUUUGAAGCUGAACUUGCGAAACUUGCAUCUGAAGUGGUUGGUUUCCGAGAGGUGUAUUGGGAUGUUGAAAAACGGUAUAAUGAUCUAAAGAAAAAACAAGAAUGGCUUUAUGAAAAGAAAACACGUUUGCAAACCAAUAAACAAUUGAUCAAGGAACUCACAGAGGAAUUAAAAAGGUGCAAACAAGACAAUAUCAAAAUUCAAAUAGAUAUUGUCGUUAUCAAAGAAACAUUGAAUAUGCUGCAACAUAUCCUAGCGUGUAAGAACAGUGGAACUGCAGUGAAGAAACUCUUUCAUAACAUGCCUGUAAUUGCUAAGCGACCAAUGGAACUCAAGAAACUGAAAGGCCCAGUGGCAGCUAGUCUUCCACCAGAGAGAAAAGAUCCACUGGAUGUUGCAAUUACGAAAGUCACAAAAACCAUCGAGGGGGACUGGCAGAAGCUCUAUCGAUUCCUCCCUUUUUACCCUCCACGCGGAGAGGAAACAAUUCAAGGAGACAUAGACGAUAUUCUUACCAAACAUUUUACGACACCUUUAAAAGAACAGGCGAAACAAAGUCUUCUAAGAUGGAAGCGAAUGAACUCAAAGGCAAACGUAAUAGACCUUCGUACGGCAUUGCAAGAGAUCAGACGACAUGAUGUCGUAAAAUCUAUGGAAAGGAGGAAAUCGAAAACACAUCAUGAACAGUCAAACAAAAAUAUCCUGAAACAUAAGCGAUAGCUAUAGAUUGAAAUUGAAAUCAUUUUGACCAUAUGUUUUUGAAAUCAUCUUAUACAUAUUUAGAAUGUCUAAACACUGAUCAGUUAUGAUCAGAUUUCAUACUCACAGGCUUGUAUCGAAAAUUUUGUCCGCUUUGACGGAGCAUGGUAUUUUUUCAUAAAACACUAAGAAUACUCCACAACUUAUUUCUUAACUUAUAUGUUUCGUAAUAUCAAAGAAAAUUACUUACGUGCAUUCCAUGAUAUGGAUAUAUCAUUUGCGGGUAUCAUUCACUUCUGUCCAAUAACGCUAGGAGUAAAAGUCAUUGGAAACGGC